AUCGAAAGUACUGUGAUAUUGAUGUGAUAGUAAUAGGGACACGCAUUCCCUAUAACUUAGAAAAACAUUCAAUCAUAUUGUUAGAGUAUUUUGCAAGAUUCCAUCGCGAAUACAGAAGGCAAGCUUCCAGAAUGGACAAUAACAAAUUUUAAACUUCAGAAUUUCCAAGCUGUCCAAAGGAGAUAAGGAAAAUAAAUUGUAUUGAAAAAGUAGCAAGGAAGUUUAUUUUUGAAUUGUGUAAACAAAAAUCAAAGGAACAUAAAUUAUUAGCUAAUUACCUCUUGAUAUUUGUAAAUAAACAGUGUAUAUGAUAUAUAUGAAAGUUUAAUCUAAUUUGUAAAGGUUGGAUAGAAUUAUUAUUAAACAUAUUCCAGUCAUAAUUUUUUAGUAUGCCUUUCAAAAAAUACCAUAACUUGACUGAACCAUUCUAUGAUUCAGUUUGGUCAAAAAUAGUCCUUUUCUAUUUCUAAUGUAAAUAAUGUGCUAGUCUACCCCUGCAUACUCGCAUGGAUAAUUCCUUUGUAGGGCUAUUUUAUUCUUUUGUGUUGGUGACUUUUGAUAAAUUGUAAUGAAAAUGAGAUUCAUAUCAAUAAAGACAAAUAUAUUUUUACAUAUGUUUUCCUCAUUGAUAUUGAUUGUAUUCAAAAUGUCUAAUAACAUGAGUAUGCCUUAUUGUAGUCUUGAACAUGACAUUAUAUAAACUUGACUCUUUGUAAGCUGUAUGUAUCAUGGCAAAUAGAAAGAAGAAUGAUGUGA